UCUCUUCUACAUGCAUUGGUGGCAAUGGUCCAGGAGAAUGGGUGAGGGAGCGGGGGCUGAGAUCCAGUGCUGGAGUGGAGGGCGAGCCCUGUUCUCUCACCUGAGAGAAGGCAGAGUAGACCUCCCAGGCCUUUGGUUUGGCAGUGGGAGGCUGAGAACAUUUCUCUUCAGAUUGCUUCUGUUUCCAAAAGCAGAGGGUGACAAGGGUGCGAGGGGUGUUUAAGGAUGUGUUAUGGAGUUAAAUAUAAAACGUGCCUGGAUUUUUAAUAUUAAACAUAAGACUUCAGAUAAAGUGAGUUGCUUCAAAGCGCCUGCCCUCAGGGUUCUCUCUCCCAUGCCUUUGGGAGUAUUUUGGAGGAAAAGUUUGCGGAGCCUCUUCAUGACCGGGUUGUAUUGUUAUGUGGUUAAAUCCCACCCAAGUGAGUAUUUAACCUUAAAGAGUUGGAGAUUCACUCACCCAUUUUGUUAUCCUUAAUAGAGCUUUUGCAUCUGCUCCAAAUAUCCCUCCAUUUAUGGCUCUUAAUAGUUGUUUGGCAAGCCACUUCAGCCUGCACUGGGGAAGGCCAGGAAGCCACGGUGGGGUGUCUGCAGGUAGAAUGGGGUUCCCUCUUGCCUUCCAGCCUCACCUCCUGAGCUUGGAGGUGAGGGUGGAGAGGCAGGACCUGCGCUGGGCUCCUGAGUGCGGUGCCUUCCUAGGAAAUGUUAGGCCCUUGUCCCUGGGUUCUAGCACACUGCACAGUCGCGCUGCCUGUCUUCUUAUCUGGCACAGUAGUUUGGAUGAGCUGAGUGUAGUGCCUUAGCCAACCUUUUCAAUAUUUAACAUGCAGUAGUGAUGAAAAAAAAAAUUUUUUUUUUUUUAGUGAUGAAAACUUGUGGUUCUUUCCUAUUUAUUGCACUGCCUGCUUUUUUUAUUCUUUCUAUAAAAUUUUAGUAUGAUUAAGUCCCCCCAUCCACCUCCUGCCCUCCAAUUAAGGUUCUUCAACCCUUUUGCCAGGAAGUGCUGUGAACAGUUUGGUUCACCCCACAGAGCUACUCCAUGGGUUGGGAGUACUUUAGACAUCAGAGGUUUGGUCCAUCUUGUUGACAGGUAAGACUGUUGCAGCCUGGGGGGUGCUUGAUUUGCACUUCGUAGCUGGUUUGCACGAAUAGGUCCUGUGGCCCUUAUUCCCAUCACACUUCAAACCCUGCAGCUUCCUAUACCUGCCCAUCUGGACCCCGUGCGUGCUGCUUCUCUUGGGCGCCCCUCACCCACUGUGCUGUCACCCUAGGUCAGGAAUUCCCAGAGUGGAUGCACCCCAUCCCUAUGUCCCUGUUCCUGUACCCUUGUCCUCUGUCCCCACUUUGCCUGCAGCACUCCCUGGCCACUCCUCAGGCCUCCUGGAGGACCCCCCUGCGGUAGGCCCUCUUUGUAUCUAUCACAGCAUCCUCUUUCCUUCACACGCUCCCCAAGUUUAUAUUUGUCCAGCAAGAGGGGGGCCCCCUUUUACUGCCGUUCACCUCCAGUCGGUGAGUCCAUGGCUUAGGGACCCUGUCAGCCUGCUUCACCCUAGUCUCCCCCAGCACCUAGUGCAGCUGGAAAGUGUAGCGCGAGCAGCUCUGUGAAUCCAGAUUUUUAAUACAGACUGCUGUUGUUGCCUGACCAUCACAGGGGCUUCUUCCUGCUGUCCAGUCACAGGACUAGUGUGUCACCAUCUUCGCAAGUGCUCGACUAUUUUAACUGAGCCACCACAGGGCCACACGCCUUUAUCUGAAACUCUUGGGCCAGCUGUGCUUGGAAUUUAGAGUUUUCAAGGUGUUAGAACAGAAUCAGUGAAUGUACCAUAAACCGUGGACAUCCAGGCAACACUUUGUAGUCAAACACUAAUGUUUUUGCAGUGAAGUAUGUGAGUGUUUGCGCCAGGCAGGACAAGUGAAGACCGUGAAUAGCCUAGCCUGAGGUCAGGGCAUGCCGCCAAGUGAAUUAUGAACACUUUUCCUUUUUUUAGAGCUUUUUGGACUUCAGAAUUGUAGGUGAGGGCUCUUGGGCCUGUUUUACCAGGCAUGUUUGUCUGGCGUUACGCUGGGUGCCGGAAAAUGGGUGGUUCAGAGACGCCUAGGAAGACAGCCCUGGCAAUAUGCUUCCGAAAGGUCAUAGCCUUGAAAACCGUGUGCGCAGUUCCACUCUGCACACGUGGGGUCGUCACGAGUCGGAGCGGACUAGACGGCAACCAGCAACAGCAACAAUGCCGGCUGCUGGGAACACAGAGGAGGUCCUUGCCCUGCCACCUGCCAGUUUUCACGCCACUGCUGCAAAGUGCAAGAGUCCUGCCGGUACUACUGAAAGGUACAGCUUAUUCGCCAGUGUUCCUCUUUUUUUUUUUUUGAGAAAUGUGGCUUUCAGGUGCUGACUGCUUCAGGUGUGUCAUACGUCAUACAGGGCCUGACAGAAGGAACACUCUGCCGUGACAUGAGCAUCACAGAUGUUUGUGCUCUCAGCCUAGGAGGUAGCUUUUCUGGGUUGUCCUGGGUUGUCUUCCAUUGGCCACAGGGGGUUCAAGGAGCAGAGAGUGAUGCCACCUUCAUACUAGACAGGCUUGCUCACAGGCCUGAGAUGAACCCCUGCAUGAGGUCUUGUCUCCUGUCUCUGGCCCUUUGGAUGUCUGCCGUCCCCACCGGCUGUCCAUCAGGACUAGACAUUCCUCAAGAGGCAGGGUCUUGUAGUCAUGCGCUCUGCCCUCUUGUCCAGGCCAAAUUUGUUAAACACUAAUGGAUUUAAUAUACGUUUUUCUGACUUUUAAAAUGCCAUGAGUAUAGUUUUAUUUGAAUAUUUUAAGGUACAUUUUUUAUGUAGAUAGUUUUAUUUGAAUAUUUUAAGGUACAUUUUUUAUGUAGAUAGGAAUCUUUAAUUUGCCUGCGUUCUGAAAUGGCGCCUGCCUUUUGAAAAUGUUUAAUUGCCAGGCCGCAGGAAAGCCUGCCUUUGCUUUAAUUAGAAAAGGAAGCACUAGUACCCAAAUACACCGAGACGCGCAUUUUUCAAACAUUCCAAAAUGACGGAGAACAAAAUAGUGUGUUCCUGAGGCAGAUGUCACAGUAUGCUACUUCCAUUAUUUCCAGAGUUUUCUGUGGUCUUUGAUGGAUUAAAACCAAAAAACCAAACCCGUUGCCGUCGAGUCGAUUGCAACUCAUAGCGACCCUAUAGAUCAGAGGAGAACUGCCCCGUAGAGUUUCUAAGGAGCGCCUGGUGGAUUUGAACCACUGACCUUUUGGUUAGAUAAACUGAAUUAAAACUCACCCGAAAACGUAUAUCAAAGAUUGCUGUUUCAGUUUAGAAUUAUUUUUGUCCAGGGUACUUGACUUAGGAUGUAAUGAGCCAUGACACUGAGGCAAAAGCACAUUUUCCUUCUUUUUGGUUUUAUAAGAGAUAUUACAGUUUCAGAAGGCUUAUGAGAAUGGCCUUUUGCCACAUAUUUUGACAUACUUAAGAUAGUUAAGAAUAGAGUUUGUGUUGUAAAAACUUCCUUCAAAACACAUUCUGGGGUUUUAUAACACCAGCAGUUUCAUAGUUAAUAUUUGUAAAUAGUGUCGGAGCCUAAAAGAGACUCACUCUUGUGUUCUAUAGUUACCCUUGGGACCUACCUAUAAAGUAAAAAAUAUGUGCUACAGGUGUAUUGUUUAUGGAAUUGGAAAUGCUCAAUUUUUUAAGGUGUGUGUAAAGGUAUAUAGGUAGAUUAUGUAGUUUAAAAUAUUUGCAUUGUACUGCAUGUAUAAACAUGUCAGCUUCCAAGUAUGGCCUUUAGGCAGUUAUAGGAUAUGGAGGAAUUUUUAAAGGUCAUAGUAGAAAAAUUUUAUGUGUUUUAAUUGCUUAAAUAUUUUUCUUUAACUGGGAUAAAAAAAAAAAACACUGUCUAUAACAUAUGUAAAAUGUUAAAUGGAUGCAACGCUAUAAGAUUUUCCACAGAAGUUUUUUUCUUCACCCUGAGGCACAGUGGGAAGGCGCCAUUAACGCUGAAGAUGGUAUCAUCACGUUGGAAAAACCACUUUGCGGUAGGGGUGUGUAUAAAGCCUGAAGCCACCCGUGUCGGGCUUUGACAUUGUUUCACUAUAUAGGUUAGCACGUGUCAAAACCAACUUUAAAUUACCUGUGUUAUCAACAUGCAGGUUGUCUUCAUUCCGUAUUUAAACUAUGGAUUUACCAAUCUGAGUAGUUUGAAAUACGGUAGCAUAAAAAGGAUUAGAUCUCCCAAGUCGAAAAUGUGUACGUAUCUGAGGUAGUUUCUUUUCUUGAUUUUGGUUAAGUUAACAGAAGUAUCUUCACGUCUGUAAUUUCUGGUAACUUAAUGAGAACAUGCUGAACUUUUGGGUCACAAUAAAUUUUCCCAUUAUGUAAAAUAUUUUACACACUGGUUGACUCAUUGUGAGUUGUGAGUAGACAUGAUUCUCUUCCUGCGGAAAACAAACAUACAUUAUUGUAGUGACAAUUUUAGCCAAUUGCACAAUCAUCCUUCGGUUACCACAUCAGCCUUGGGUUGCUUUCUGUUAGUUGGGUUGUUGAAAACUUGGUAGCUGGGAGCUCUGCUGUUAGGGUUAGAGGAUGGAGUCUUUCUGUAAACCAGUUAGUUGCUCCUUUUACACACAAGGUUUAUUUUUAUUCUUAUGAAUUUUGUGUUCAGUUAAUGAAUGUGUUUUCUUUACAUCAAGGCUUGUAAAUAUUUUGGGGGUCUUAAAAAUCCAGGUGCUCUUACUUACUUCAUAGCAGGAAGGAACAAGCAAAUGAAUACCUUCAAAAAAAAAAAAAAGUUUGAUGGAUUCCACAGUGGUGCUUCUCCCUUGCAUUUAAAAGUGCUGCAUUUAUAUAUACAUGUGUAAUUUAUAUUUUACAGUAAAGUUAAGAUUGGUUUUCUUUUUAAGAAAUUUGUUGAGCUUUGACUGUGAGGCUUUGAGGGGAAAAGUUACCAAAGCAGGUAGAAGGGUUGUUUUGGACUGUGAGAAGCUUAUUUAAAAUUUUUUGGAAGGGGUACACCAAACUCAACGCAGUUUUUGGCAUGGUAAGCACUGUACUAAUAUUGUUCCUCUCCCCCUCCUUUUUUUUGAGUGAGUGAGCUGCAUCUCAUUAAGUGAUAUCAACGCUUGGAUAUUUGGCCUUUGGCCUGGUUGUGUCACUUUUCUUAAAUAACAGCUUUAUUGAUAUAGUCACGUAUCAUAUAGUUCACCUAUUUAAAAUGUACACUUUAAAUAAACCUCAGUGGUUUUUAGCUUAUUGGCAGGAUUGUGCAACCGUUGUCUAUUUUGGACAUUUCAUCUGAGUGCCAGCAUGCAAUAUAUGGUCUUUAGUGACUAAGUUCUUUCAUUUAACGUAAUGUUCUCAAGGUUCAUCCAUGUGGCAGCAUAUGUCAGUACUUCAUUCCUUUCUAGGCUGAAUGAUAUUCCAUUUAUGGAUAUACCACAGUCUGUUUACCCAUUUGUCCAUUAAUGGACCUUGGGUUGUUUCCCCUUUUUGGCUAUUCUGAGGAAUGCUGCAGUGAACACAGGUAUACAAGUUUUUGUGUGAAGAUGUGUUUUCAUUUCUUUUGAAUUAGAUACCUGGGAGUUUGCAUCAGCUUUUGAUAUUUCUUUUACCUACUGUUCAGGUUCACAUUUGUGUUUGUAAAGAGGAUCUGCUCCUUGUAACUGGGGCCUCUUCAGACCUUGAUUGGUGACCCAGUGACUUCCUGUUUCAUGCUUGAAGUCCCUGGACCUCCUGUUGCCUGGAGAAGCAGCCAGAAUUACACUACCCCCCUUUUCUGAGACCAGAUGAGGAAACUGAGGCCAAAGAAGUUAUGCCACUUGGUUAAGGUCCCGAAGCUGGUUGGAACCAGAUUUCGGAUCAGAAACCUGGCUCUGGGCUGCUCCUGGCUUUCUGUUCUCCUAAGGAUCGCGUUCCCAGCAGAAGAGAUAAGGGACCCCACUGCUUUGUUUGAAGGAGGACAAGGUUGACACUGUUGACAUCUCUCUUUAUUGAAGUCUCCUACUCCCAGCCAAGCGUGGACAAACCUUCUGACAGCAUAUGACACACAGGCAGGAGAUGCCAACACAGUCUCAAGUGUCCACCUGAUCCAAGAAGCUCACUCCUCACCAGCAUCCCGCUCCAACCCAUUGUCCAGUCCAGUCGACGUCUGAAGUGUUGGCUUCGGGAAUGGUUCCUGUCCUGGGCCAACAGAAGAAGUUCUCUUUCCCAAAAUGGAGCCCAGUAAAAAGAUGGACCCCCCAGGCUCCCUGCAGACCAACCCCCCGCUGAAGCCGACUUCUGACCGCAGUGCUGGGGCAGCCGGGUUUGUCCCCGAGCAAGGGGGCUACAAGGAGAAGUUUGUGAAGACCGUGGAGGACAAGUACAAGUGCGAAAAGUGCCGCCUUGUCCUGUGCAACCCGAGGCAGACGGAGUGUGGACACCGGUUCUGUGAGACCUGCAUGGCUGCCCUGCUGAGCUCCGCUAGUCCGAAGUGUACUGCGUGUCAAGAAAGCAUCGUUAAAGAUAAGGUGUUUAAGGACAAUUGCUGCAAGAGAGAGAUCCUAGCUCUUCAGAUCUAUUGUCGGAAUGAAAGCCGGGGCUGUGCAGAACAGCUAACCCUGGGGCUUCUGCUGGUACAUUUAAAAAAUGAUUGCCAAUUUGAAGAACUUCCAUGUGUCCGUGCUGACUGCAAAGAAAAAGUAUUGAGAAAAGACCUCUGUGACCACGUGGAAAAGGCCUGUAAAUACCGCGAGGCCACGUGCAAUCACUGUAAAAGCCAGGUUCCAAUGAUCACCUUGCAGAAACACGAGGACACUGAGUGCCCCUGCGUGGUGGUUUCCUGUCCCCAUAAGUGUAGCGUCCAGACACUUCUGAGGAGCGAGUUGAGUGCACACUUGUCAGAGUGUGUCAAUGCCCCCAGCACCUGUAGUUUUAAGCGUUAUGGCUGCGUUUUUCAGGGAACAAACCAGCAGAUUAAGGCACACGAGGCCAGCUCUGCAGUGCAGCACGUGAACUUACUGAAGGAAUGGAGCAAUUCUCUGGAGAAGAAGGUUUCCUUGCUGCAGAAUGAAAGCGUAGAGAAAAACAAGAGCAUUCAAAGCUUGCACAAUCAGAUCUGUAGCUUCGAAAUUGAAAUUGAGAGACAAAAGGAAAUGCUUCGAAAUAAUGAAUCCAAGAUACUUCACUUACAGCGAGUAAUUGACAGCCAAGCAGAGAAACUGAAAGAACUGGACAAAGAGAUCCGUCCCUUCCGGCAGAACUGGGAGGAGGCCGACAGCAUGAAGAGCAGUGUAGAGUCCCUGCAGAACAGAGUGACAGAGCUGGAGAGCGUGGACAAGAGUGCAGGGCAGGCCGUGCGCAACACGGGCUUGCUGGAGUCGCAGCUGAGCCGGCACGACCAGAUGCUGAGCGUCCAUGACAUCCGCCUGGCUGACAUGGACCUGCGCUUCCAGGUUCUGGAGACCGCCAGCUACAACGGCGUGCUGGUCUGGAAGAUUCGUGACUACAGGCGGCGGAAGCAGGAGGCCGUCAUGGGCAAGACCCUGUCUCUCUACAGCCAGCCCUUCUACACCGGCUACUUUGGCUAUAAGAUGUGUGCCAGGGUCUAUCUGAACGGGGACGGAAUGGGCAAGGGGACGCACUUGUCACUGUUUUUUGUCAUUAUGCGUGGAGAGUAUGACGCUCUGCUCCCUUGGCCAUUCAAGCAGAAAGUGACGCUCAUGUUGAUGGACCAGGGGUCCUCUCGGCGCCAUCUGGGAGACGCAUUCAAGCCCGACCCCAACAGCAGUAGCUUCAAGAAGCCCACUGGAGAGAUGAAUAUUGCUUCUGGCUGCCCAGUCUUUGUGGCCCAAACUGUUCUAGAAAACGGGACAUAUAUUAAAGAUGAUACGAUUUUUAUUAAAGUCAUAGUGGAUACUUCAGAUCUGCCCGACCCCUGACGAGUAGCCGGGGAGAUGGAUUAGCAGAAGGUAACUCCGUUGGGGGGGUUGAACCGGCCUGUCUUCACUGAGGUCCUCGUGUUCAGAAAGGACCUUGUGGAAUGGCGGAACGGCAGAAGGUGGCCGGCACGGCCGACGGGAGGAGCCCACGUCCACACACGCCCUGCUUUCUAAUAGACUAGUAACACUCAACUCUGAAGACCCAUUUAUCCUCCGCGGAGGUAAAUGUCGCUGUCGAAGGAGGUUUUCAUUUUCAUUUCUAAAGAUCUAGCUAAUUAAGAUGGAAAACAUAUAUGUUAAACAAAAGAAACAUGAAUUUUCUUUCUUAAACUUGAACACCAAAAAAAGAACAAAACAUACAAACACGUGGGAUAGCUGGAGAUGUCAGCAUGUUAAGUCAAAGAAGAAUUUAUGAAGUAAUUACGCAGUUCUGAUAUAUUCAUCUAAAAUUCAGGAGUUCAAUCUUGUUUCAAAUAUAGUAUAUUGUCUAUUUUUAAGGCCUCAUCUGGUCUCUGUUUUAAUAAUUUGUUUGUCAGAAGACCCCGAAGUAUACCUAGGUCUUUUUUGAAAGUCUCUAAAUUCAGAAUCAUUUUUUUUAAUUUAAAGUUCUACAGAUAAUUGUUACAGCAAACAUUUUAUUUUAAAACGUUGAUAGACUGCUAUUUCUUGGAAGAAAAUGUAAAAUAUCAAACACUGGUUAUCACUUGUGAUAGGAAAGAGAAUAUCCAAUCUGUUGUUAUUUCUCGUUAGAAAUGUAAACCUUCGAUAUCUGUCGUAGUUAAUGACACUACUUCAAAAUUACUAUGAGAGGAAAAUUGCUCAUGGAUGCUGUGCAUCAUUUUCAGAUUUAUAAUUGUUUUCACCCUAAAAUAGGGCAUUAGUUGAACUUUGGAGUUCUAAACAAAACCCUGUAGGUUUUUAAAAUUCUGCCCCACGUGUCCAGGCGCGCUCUGUUGCUGACGGCCUAGACCUUCAGUCCUGUGUCCGGCGUCCAGGGGUGGGCCAGGGGACUUGUGCUGAGGCAGCCACAGCAGACUGUCUCGUUCCGUCCUAGAGCCGCACCUGUCAGUGAUCUCCGAUGGCGACGUGGCUGCGUAGAGAUGGUGGCAUCUGUGCCUGUGCCUUAGACGUGACAUGCUGCUUCUCCACCCCGGGUUUGUGUUCAGUGUCACUGUAGACCCUCCACCGCUGAAUUGUCACAGAUUCCAAAUCGCUAGGCCCCGCGAUUGAGCCCCGCUCUGUGAAGCCCGGCCCACCCCCCAAAGCUGAUGUGGACCGAAAGCAGCACCCUGGCCCGGGGCCACCCCCAGCUGUGGACGACAGACAGCUCGAAGCAGUCCUCUGAGCAUUCCGGAGACCGCUGCCCUGGGGCCGCCCAGGCUGCCCGGCAGGCACCCAGCACUAUCCGCGGGAGGCGGUCACGGGGGCCUCACCCCAGCCUGCGCCUCCAAAAGGCGCCUCUCAACUCACUGUUUACUUUUACCCAUGGUCCAACUGUGAUGGGAGUCUGGGGCCCUCCUCCUGUAGUUCCCCUUUUGCUAUGCACCACGCCCUCUGGGUGCUUUUAACACUGACGGGUGCUACACGCGAUGGGUGCUUUAGGCAAACCAGUGUGUGCGAACCACCGCAUCUGUGCCACUUGCUCAAAGCGGCGUGCCCGCGAUUGGCUAGCCGGGCCGCGCCCCCACUGCCUGCCCCUGGGCCCCCCACCUCGUCGCAAGGGACGGCUGGGCUGGUGCCCCGGUGGCCCGCGCGUCUCUGGUGCUGCCACCUGUCCUGGGUGUGCCUUUGCCCCAGUGCCUGCUGGAGGUGCCCUCCAUCGCGUCCAUCCUCCGCGCCGACGUGCGUGGCUGCGCCGCCCCUGGCUCUGCCGUGAUCUGUGUGUGACGUGCUCAGCUCUUAUCCUUUCUCCUCUCUCUCUCCAUCCGCCUCUCUCCCCACAGUCCUGGAGUUGCUUUGGGGUGAGUCCCUGUCACCGAUUCUGGCCACUUAAGGAGUCAUGAGUCUCGUCACCGCUCACAGGAAGGACUUCCCACAGAUGGCUGUGGAGACCCCUAUUCCCUCCGAGGUGUGCUGACCCCCCCCCAACACACACACCUGCCCGGGCAAGUCCUGCAGGUGUAGGGGUGGGGGGGCCACCUGGCAGUCCGCCUGUGCCCCAGACGGCUUUCCUGAGGCCAUCUCAGGGCCUCCCUGCGACUUUCUUCCCUUCACAAAAAGCACCCACGGUAUUAACCAACUGAGGACAAGCAACAUUUUGACCUGGUAAAAAAACCCUCCCCUUCCUGGGUUUAAAUCCAGUCUGGGCGUCUGCCUCCUGGGGGAACUGCUAGGAAGCCCCACCUCUUGAGGGGGGACUGUCAGCAGCCUUCCCAGGUGGGCCCAGGGGACAGAGGAACGCUCCUCGGCUUCCUCCCAGGCACCCCGGGCUGUGGCAGCAGUGGCAGUGCUGUCAUGGGGACAGGUGUAUCCAGGUGCGUCCCUGUGGGAUGGGAUAGGGAGCAAACGCCUUGGGUCCCUCCUCCAUGCGCGCUUCUCUCUUGGGUGCUCAGACCUUCUUGGGAAGAGCAGCUUGCAUGGCCGUGUCUCGAGCCGCCUCCCUCGAGGGCUCCUUGGUGUUGUCUGGUGCUCGCUGCUCGGGUGUCCACGGGUGUGGUCUCCACAUGUAGCCUGGCUACCACUUCAAUGGAAGCCAGCCCCCCUGCCUCACAGGGUCCCAGCAACAAGAGGCACAGGGUCAUGUACACAAGAGUAUUUGUGGGCACUCUUGGCCGUGGCUAAGGUGACAGCAUCCCUAUAGGACAGACACCCCCAGUGCUCUGAGAAGCCACACUGCCGUCUGCACUGAACUCGCUGUCCACAUCCCUCCUCACUGUGACAAUGUGAAGACCACGCCAGUCUCCUUGCCUCCAGCACAGCCUCCCAGCUCAGGCCUCUCUCUGUGCAGGGAGACGACCCUCCAGGCAGGGUGGGCAGAGCCGCAGCUGCAGGGGCACAGGUGUGCAGCCUCGGGGCCAUCUAGGGCUAGUGCUCAUGGUAUGUGAGAACCCAGGUCAGUGCCCGGCUCUGUGCUUGCGCUUGGGGUGCAGGUUUGGUCUGGGCCGAGAGAGGGGCCUUCCAGCAUGGGGGCGGGGAACGGCUACACCUCAUGCAGCCCUUUGGGACUAGACAGACAUAGCCCCAGCUGGCUGGAUGAAGUGAACUUAAAUAAGCCUUUUUAUAAGUUGACUUGAUUUCCCGGGUCAGGUGGCAUUUUGAGAAGACAAUUGUUCUAGGACCAGUCAGACAAGAGUGGCACUGUUCCUGAGAGUGUGUCCCAUAUGACGUGAGGGGUGCGUGCAGUGUUGGUGCCUGGGCACACUGCCGUGUGUUGCCUAUGCAAGGGGACCUCGGGAUGGCGCGGUGUGGGCAGGGCUGCGGCUGAGCUCCUUUCUCCCCGUCCCUGCCUGCCCCCUAGCUCUGUCCUGCCUGUGGCACCAGGUGGCUUUGGGACCGGUCAGUGCUGUGCUCCUCGUCCCUCCAGGGCCCCUGCUUGUGCCUCCCUGUGACCCUCAGACCCGCCACCCGGAGCUCUGAAAGGUGCUGGGAGUGGGUUCCCUGCCGAGCCGGUUCUUUGGCACAAGUGACUCUCCUGUUGCCCACCUCGAUGAAGGGACAGGGAGUCAAGGCCUCGCUCCCUCCAGGCUUCUAUCCUCCCUCUUUCUGGAUGAGUGAAGGGGCCCUGGUGUCAUUGUGAACAACCCCCUUCACUUCAGAAGCAUCGAGGUGGCAGUACCCACAGAAGCCCUGGCAUCUGCAGUGGGUGGGUGGGUGGUGUCGGCCUUUAAACAACAGGCCAUGUCCAGAGGAGGGUCAUCUGGUCAGCACAGGGCCCUGGAGAGCCAGUGGCACGAUUCAUGUCGCACCCUUCCUUGGCACAGUGGGGUGCAGGGGGUGGCCACCUCGCAGGUGCCACAUCUGUACCAUGCCACUGCUCUUUCCAGAAUGGGUUGGGCGUGGACUCCCCGUGGGGGCUCUGCCCAGCCCAUGGCCCUCCAGACGUGCCCCUCUACUGGGCGCUGCCUGAGCUCGGAUGGAGCUGUAAGAUGCUAUAUUUUCCCAGUCCAGGUUGGCAUUGAGUAGCCACAGGGGUGGAGGCGCCCCCGUGCAGGGUCUGUAAGAUGAAGGAGGGUCUGCCCCCCAUCCCUGCUCUCAGCCCCAGACCAUGUCUGUCUCCCGCUUGCAAAUCCCAUAGGUCCAUCUUCCCCAGAGUGAAGUGUGCGCUCAGGUCCAAGCCAGUGAGUCCGUCUGAAGGCUGCUGGUCUUUGGAAAUGCCAGCACCGUCCGUCUGGUGGCGUGGUUUGGGGCGGAGCAGGACAGCCAAGGGGACAGGGAGGCCGGCCAGCCACCAUCCAGACAACGUGGGGCUUUCCUCUCUGGCACCAAGUGUGAGCGAUGGAGUUUCAGGGCAAACCUGCAAGAUGGGUCCCACCCUAGUCCAGGGCAGGGGUUGACUGCUGCGCCCAGACCCGCGCGCUUGACCCCCCACCUUCCCCCGCCAGCUGCUGUCUUCAGAGCACAUCUAACUUUCUCAGUGAAAAAGAGGUCAAGUCCAGGAUCGCUGUCCCACUCCUGUGAUUCGUGGUGAUUGAUUUUAUAACUUAGUCCCCUUAGGCAAGGAAGGUAACCUUUCACAACAAAAUAAAUGACUCAAUUGGAAAACACAAAAGCCGGCAUUAUUUCCAAGGAUUUCUGUAAGAAGUAAAACAUCUGUGACAAACCCAUGUAGACAAUUGUGCGCAUUUUAGAGUUGCGUUCUUUUCUCUGAUGAUACACCUCUUGUGUUCAGUUCUCUUACCCAAAACAAAGACCAAAGAAGGCCAGUCCCAUUGACCCGUUGUAAUCUGCCUGUUUUCCAAGUUGCUGUCUGUAGUAGCCAUUAGCUGUGAGGCCCCAUCUUGACAGUACAAGUGAUCGUGACCAGUGAUUCAUGUCCAUACUCUGCUCUUCUGAGAACCACCACCACAGAGACAGUGCGAGUGACGGCUCAGCAAUAACCUUGUUAACCGGAGUUAACCGCGUCGGACUCUGAUAGCAUUAUCAUGUUUGAUAUUUUUGUUUUCUGUACAUUGUGUGUGGUUUUAUUUGGUAUUUAUUUGUGUUUUGAGGUCUUGCAAUGUUUUUGUGUUUCUGAUGCUAAUAACUAAAGUUUGUAAGAGUGUAGAAUGCUAAACUUUGAAAUGCUAAACUGUCUUAUUAGAGGAAAAUAAAUCUGAUCAAGGAGU